AGCCCUAGCUCACAGAACAUCAUGGCAGGGAUGGAGCUCGCGCACUUCAGACCGUGGGGGGAUUUCUUCCCUGGUUUUGACAGCUUCUCCAAACCCGAUGUGUCUGAUUUAAGCAAAUGGAAUAACAGAGUGAUCAGCAAUCUGCUUUAUUAUCAGACCAACUACUUUGCAGCCGCUAUCGUCGUAAUUCUGAUUGUCGGGUGUCUGAACCCGCUGGGCAUGUUUCUUGGUGGAGCGGUCGUGGCUCUGGUCUUCAUGGGCUCGGUGUGGGCAGGAGAGAAUAAAGCUGUGAUCAAGAACUUCAAGAAGAGAAAUCCCACCCUGUUUGUUGUGGGUGUCCUGGGAAUCAGCUACUUCCUGUUGUCCUUGUGUGGAGGAGUGAUGGUGUUUCUCUUUGGUAUCACAUUCCCCAUGCUCUUGAUCCUCAUCCACGCUUCUCUGAGACUUCGCAGCAUGAAGAACAAGUUGGAGAACAAGAUCGAGGGUGUUGGCCUGAAGAAGACGCCCAUGGGAGUCAUACUGGAUCUCCUGGAUCAACAAGAAGAGAAAUUUAACAAAAUCCAGGAUUUCUUGGAGAGUAAGCUGAAAGAUUGAGCAUCAACCGCCUCAGUGUCCACUACAUGCCGCCACUCUUUCUUCUUGAGUUGUUUUGUGUUUGACAGCCAAAUACCAAAAUGAAAAUAUCUUGUUUAAAUGCCAAAGUAUGAUGCAUACAUGUUUGUCACGUCACAAGGAACUGAUGACAAUGCUGUGGUUUGGUUCUUGCUAGUAUGAGACUGUCUGUCAAACUCUUGUGCUAGCCUGCUUAUAUUAACAUUUAGUCUAUUUAUUUUUAUUUUUUUGUUUUUAUACAUGAUGAAUUAGAAUAAAAGUGUAUGCUUUGUAAAGUCUGAAUAGAUUUCUAUUGACAGAGACACUGAAAGCACUUUGAAAUAUUGUGGAUUUGGUCAUACCUUAUUUUCCCCUGUGGUGAAACGAUCAUCGUUCUUCUAUUGCACAUUUCUAAUAGUAAUGAAAUGUUUUCAUUUGAGCUGAAAUGAUAUAUGAUUGAAGAGUGUGUAUUGCAUGUUUUAUUUCUUCUUUUAUUAAAUUUUAUUUUUGGCUAAUGCAAGCUCUGCAGUGAACAAACAUUUACAUGCUUCUGAAAUCAAUGCACAAAAAACGGUUUGUUUGCUGUUUUGCACAGAUUUAAUAAAGGUGGAAUGUGGAAA